AUGAAUCUCUCCAAAGAUCUGAUCGUCCCCUACAAUGAGCAGAUUGUCGGAUUCUCGGGCGAGCGAGUAGACACGAGAGGCUACCUGGAUCUCCGCACCAGGAUCGGAUCACGAAGGGAUGGCCGGGAGGUAAGGGUUAGAUUCCUAUUAGUAGAAGCUAACACCUCUUAUAAUGUGUUGCUAGGAAGACCUUGCCUAAAUGCUUUCGGGGCGAUCGUCUCCACUCUGCACCUGGCCAUGAAGUUUCCGUCUGAUAAGGGAACGAUAUGCACUGUGCAUGCGGACCAGCAGAUCGCCAGGCAAUGCUAUGCCGCGGGGUUAAAGAUCGCUCCCUACAGCCGCCCCAGAAAGCAACAAUGUUCGGAGGUCGCCAUGACUGACCUGGACCACCGAACGAACAUGGAGGAUCGGAUUCAACCCGGUGGAGAUACCAAGGAGAUCUCGAUCGGGACGCGGCCAUAUCAGAUAACGAAGAUAGGGGUAGCUAUGAGGCCGGACGAGGAGGAACUCAUGGGCGCGGUCAUAUUGGAAAACAAAGACUUUUUCGCGUGGUCGUCGGCCAACAUGCCGGGCAUUCAUCCUGACGUGAUGUCCCAUAAGUUGGCCAUCUUCAGAGUAGCCCGAUCGGUCGCUCAGAAGAAGAGGAAGAUAAGGGAGGAGCGGAGGAAAGCGGUCGAAGAGGAAGUGAAGAAGCUGGAAAGGGCCGGUUUCAUAAAAGAAAUCAAGUAUACCACGUGGCUGGCAAACGUGGUGAUGGUGAAGAAGGCGAGCGGGAAGUGGAGGAUGUGCACGGACUUCACCGAUCUCAACAAGGCAUGCUUGAAGGACGCAUACCCUCUACCCAACAUCGAUCGGCUGGUAGAUGGAGCUUCGGGGCACAAUUUUCUGAGCUUCUUGGACGCAUACUCAGGGUAUAAUCAAAUCCCUAUGUAUGGUCCAGAUAGAUCCAAAACGGCAUUCAUCACCGAUCAAGCGAAUUUCUGCAACGAAGUCAUGUCGUUCCGCCUGAAGAAUGCAGGGGCAACCUAUCAAGGGCUUAUGGAUCGGGUCUUCCGAGGGUAG